UUUUUCCCUGGGAGCACAGAAAGGCGCAUCGUCUAUUAUACGAGUCUCGGGUUUAGCAUUAGAGGCCCGCCUCCCCCGUGGCGACGGGUGCAGCAGGAAGCAUCGCCCAGCCGUGCCGGUUGCCAGCUCGCCAGGACGGGCGCGCCCUGCCAGCUCGGUCCGGCGCAAAUCCCCGAACAGGAGGGAGCAGGAGGAGGAGGAGGAGGAUGAGGAGGAGGACGAGGAGGAGGAGGAGGAAAACGAGGACGAGGAGGAGCCCAGGGCCGCCCGACGCUCAGCCCGCGGGGGCGCCGCCGCCGCCGCCCGCGGGCGGGGGCCCCAGGCCGGGCACGCCCAGCGGCAGCGCGCCGGCGAAGAGCCUGCUGCUCAGGCCCCCGGGUGCACCCAGGCCUGCGGGAAGCCCGAAGCCCGCCCCCAGGCGCGCGCCCAGCUGCGGCCGGGCCCCCCGCGGCAGCCCGGCGCCC